AUUUUCCGUGAAAGUUUCUAGGUACCUCGAAAGUUCCCUAACAAUCAACCAAUCAGACCUACGCGAGGCGUUAUCAUGGAAGGCACACAAAACAGGAAGGGUAUAGAACGUGUCGCACAAGUCAGUUGGUAGCUCUGUUUGCGGAGGCAAGCCGAGUAGCGCGAAGUGAGCGGCGGAAGCGCGGACGACGCGAUGCACGAAGCGCGAAGUGUAUGUGGUAUACGUUAGCGAGAAGUACCUCGUCUGUCACGUCGUAACCGAUGGUGAUCACCGGCGGUUCGAGCGAGUGAAACAGGAUCGUCGGGUGGCUCGUCGAUGUGCGUCUAGCGAAACGAUCGCCCCCGCGCUCACCUGUGAUAUGCCAGUAAUUAUCGGCGUUUGUGGUUCAAGAAUGGAGGUCCUGCGGUCCUAGAAACAACCGACGCUGCCGCCGCCGAAGUAGCGAGAGCGACGCACUCCUGACUGACGCGCGCUGAGGCGCGAUCACUGAAGAUAUCCAAGAGUAUAUUGUACCAAAAUUAGUAUAGCCAUGGAGAAUGGGGCAGCUGGCGACAGCAAGGCUGCCAAGCAGAAGACCAUCGAAGGCAUCUAUCAAAAGAAAUCGCAAUUGGAACACAUUCUACUGCGUCCCGAUACCUACAUCGGUUCCGUAGAACCAGUGACAGAAAUGAUGUGGGUCUUCGAUAAGGAGAAGGAGAUGAUGGUACAGAGGGACAUAAAGUACGUUCCUGGAUUAUAUAAAAUUUUCGACGAGAUCCUGGUGAACGCUGCUGAUAAUAAACAACGCGAUCCUAAAAUGGACAUGAUCAAGAUUGACAUCGAUUCGGAAAACAAUACCAUUUCUGUAUGGAAUAAUGGCAAAGGCAUCCCUGUAGUGAUACACAAGGAGGAAAAGAUGUAUGUACCCACUAUGAUAUUUGGUCAUCUUUUAACAUCAUCCAAUUACGACGAUAAAGAGGAAAAAGUGACUGGUGGUAGAAACGGUUACGGUGCCAAACUAUGCAACAUUUUCAGUCAUCGUUUUACCGUUGAGACCGCAACAAAGGAAUACAAGAAAAGCUUGAAACAAACGUGGGGCGAUAAUAUGGGAAAAGCCAGUGAACCUAGAAUUAAAGAUUAUUAUGGAGAGGAUUUUACAAAGGUUACAUUUUCACCAGACUUGUCAAAAUUCAAGAUGCAAUCUCUCGAUGAUGAUAUUGUAUCUCUAAUGUCUCGAAGAGCGUAUGACGUAGCUGCUUCCUCGAAAGGCGUCAAGGUCUAUUUGAAUGGAACUCGUAUACCAGUAAAGACCUUUAAGGAUUACAUUGAUUGUUACAUCAAAGGUAAAGAAGAUGAUUUUGGUAACCCAUUAAAAGUUGUGUACGAGAGUUGUGGCCCACGAUGGGAAGUGGCACUCACUUUAUCUGAUAAAGGAUUUCAACAAAUGUCCUUUGUAAAUAGUAUUGCAACAACAAAGGGUGGGAGACACGUCGAUCAUGUGACAGAGUUAAUAGUCAAACAAUUGAUCGAAACUUUAAAAAAGAAGAACAAAGCUGGUGUGGCCAUUAAGCCGUUUCAAAUUAAAAAUCACUUGUGGAUUUUUAUUAACUGUCUCAUCAACAAUCCCACUUUUGAUUCGCAAACCAAGGAGAAUAUGACCCUGCAGCAGAAAAGCUUUGGUUCCAAAUGCGUACUAACUGAUAAGUUUAUUAAUUCUAUCACGAAAAUCGGUGUCGUGGAAGCCGUGUUAUCCUGGGCGAAAUUUAAAGCUGACAGUCAGCUUGAAAAACUGGGCCCUAAAUCAAAGCAAAGAAAGCUUCACGGUAUACCCAAGUUAGAGGACGCUAAUGAUGCAGGAACUGCAAAAUCCUUGGAGUGCACUCUUAUCUUGACUGAGGGAGAUUCAGCCAAAACAAUGGCUGUAUCCGGUAUCGCUUCCAUAGGCAGAGAUAAAUAUGGCAUAUUUCCAUUGAGAGGUAAAAUGUUAAAUGUACGAGAAGCAACUCAUAAGCAGAUCUUAGAAAAUGCUGAAAUCAACAAUUUGAUAAAAAUCCUUGGUCUUCAAUACAAGAAAAAAUACGAGACUCGAGACGAUUUGAAGACGUUGCGCUAUGGAAAAAUGAUGAUUAUGACUGAUCAAGAUCAGGACGGUUCACAUAUCAAAGGACUGUUGAUCAAUUUUAUCCACCAUAACUGGCCGUCGUUAUUAAGGCUGAACUUUAUCGAAGAAUUUAUUACUCCUAUCGUAAAGGCCACUAAGGGCAAUCAAGUCUUGUCUUUCUUCUCUCUGCCAGAAUUCGAGAUGUGGAAGAAGGAAACUGAGAAUUUUCAUACGUAUAAGAUCAAAUACUACAAAGGUUUGGGUACUUCCACUGCCAAGGAGGCAAAGGAGUACUUUGAGAAUAUGACCAGACACAGAAUACGCUUUCGAUAUGAUGGCGAUCAAGAUGAUCAGAACAUUAUCAUGGCAUUCAGCAAGAAAUGCGUUGAUCAACGUAAGGAAUGGCUGAUGAAUCACAUGAAUGAAACCAAGAGACGAAAGGAAAUUGGUCUCGGCGAACGUUAUCUCUAUGAAAAAGACACACGCACUGUCUCUUACUCAGACUUCAUCAACGUUGAACUAGUGUUGUACAGCAAUUAUGAUAACGUGAGAUCCAUCCCGAACAUGAUGGACGGCUUUAAGCCAGGGCAGAGAAAAGUAUUGUUUACCUGUUUAAAACGCAAUGACAAACGCGAGGUGAAAGUCGCACAAUUGGCGGGAUCGGUUGCCGAGCAUUCGGCUUACCAUCAUGGUGAGAUGUCUCUAAUGGCGACCAUAAUUAAUCUCGCGCAGAAUUUUGUGGGCAGCAACAAUAUUAAUCUGCUCCAACCUAUCGGUCAAUUCGGUACAAGACUUGCUGGCGGAAAGGAUGCUGCCAGUCCGAGAUACAUUUUCACAAUGCUCAGUCCUUUGGCAAGGUUUAUAUUCCACAAACAUGACGAUCCACUUUUGAAACACGAGUAUGACGACAAUCAAAAGAUUGAACCUGUUUUCUACAUUCCUGUAAUUCCUAUGGUAUUAGUGAACGGUGCUGACGGCAUCGGUACCGGAUGGAUGACGAAGAUACCAAACUAUAAUCCUCGAGAGAUAAUUGAGAAUAUACACAGGAUGAUGGAUGGCGCGGACCCGAAACCAAUGAUACCAUAUUACAAAAAUUUCAAAGGUUCUGUGGAGAGCUGUGGAGAUUACCGUUAUGUUAUAAGUGGCGAGAUUUCGGUGAUUGGACCCGAUAAAGUGGAGAUCACUGAACUUCCCAUUGGCACAUGGACGCAAACUUACAAGGAAACCGUGUUAGAACCUAUGUUACAUGGAACUGAUAAAACACCAGCUAUUAUUACGGAUUACAAAGAGUACAAUACAGAUACGGCAGUGCAUUUCAUAGUAAUAAUGAAUCGUGACAAAUUGGUCGAAUUGGAAAGAGAUGGUCUUCAUAAAGCAUUCAAACUUCAGACAACGACGUCUAUAACAUCUAUGUGCGCAUUUGACGAAAAUCAAUGUUUAAACAAGUACGACAGUGUCGUACAGAUAUUGAAAGGAUUUUUUAAAGUACGAAUGGAUGCGUAUCACAAGAGGAAGGAUUAUCUGGAGGGAGUUUUACAAGCAGAAGCGGCGAAGUUGUCGAAUCAGGCACGCUUUAUUCUCGAGAAAUGUGAUGGCACUUUGGUGGUAGAAAACAAAAAGAAGAAAGACAUGAUAGCGGAAUUAGUCAGACGCAAUUACGAGUCGGAUCCGGUAGUAGCGUGGAAACUGUCGCAGAAUAGGGAGCAAGUAUUGGAGGAUCAAGAAGAAGUUGUAGAAAACGAUGAAGAGUCUGCUCCAACCGCGAGCGUGAUAGAGAAAGAAAAUUUCGAUUAUCUUCUUGGAAUGACGAUGUGGAGCCUGACAAGGGAAAAGAAGGACGACUUGUUGCGUCAACGGGACGAGAAAAUAGCGGAGUUGAAGAGAUUACAAGCUCGUUCGCCGAUUUCUUUAUGGAAAGAGGAUCUGGAUAAUCUGUUAGCCGAAUUAAAUAAAUUAGAAGAAAAGGAGCAGAAGGAACAGAUCAAAUCGAAACAACAUGAAAAGAAACCACCCUCAAAAUUCUAUUCCAAGACGGAGGACACUCGUCGCAUAGCUCCCGUCAUUGAUGUUGAACUGAAGAAAAAAAUCGAAAAGGCUGACAUUGUGUCGAAGGACAAGAAAGAAGGCAUAAAGAAACCAAGAGGAAAGAAAGAGCAAACCUCCAUCGAGGAGAAAGACGAGUUUGAUGCGUUAGUCGAUUCCAAUACUAAAUCUCUUGAACAUAGGCUUGGAAAUUCUCCCGAAAAGAUAGAAAAGAAAGCUACAAAGAAAGGAUUGAAGCAAACAACGUUACAAUUUAAACCGAUCAAAAAAGGAGCUAAAAAGAAGGAUAAGGACUCGGAUGACAGUGAUGACAUCGAUUUCGGUAGCAUUUCACCGCUUCCGGAACGGGCGGAACCACGGACAUCUCGUAGAGCCGCAGCAACCAAGAAGAAAUACAAUAUGAGCAGCUCGGAUUCAGAAGACAGUAACGAGAUGUUUGGUCCCUCUUCUGAUUCGGAACAAAUAUCCAAGAAGAAGGAUUCCGUUCUAGUACUAAGCGAUUCUGACGAUAACCUUAAUCUUAAACCGAAUAAGAAACCUCAACCAACAAUGACUUCGGAAGAACUUUUCGAUUCGUUAGUCGGCAAUUCUCCUGAGAAGCAGUCUGUAUCAGACAAGAAACCUGUAAUACCUUCAUCCGAAGAAGAGUCACCUACGAAGUUUACGCCGCCUAAGAAAGCACCUGCUAAGAAGAAGGCCGAAAACGGUGGUAACAAAGGAGUGAAGAGGCAGAAGAAAAAACCAAAAUCAUCCGAAGACUCAGACACAGACGAGUUAUUUACCUCCAAACAAAUUAAGAAAAAGAAGAAAUCAGAUUCCGAUGAAGACGUAGCAACAACAGAUGAUUCGCCCUUGCCGCCGCCUCGGAAGAUUGGCGGUAGAGCUCGGAAGCCUAUAUCUUAUGCACUAAAGUCGGACGACAGCGAUGAUUCCGAUUGAACGUCGUGCACUUUGAAAGAUGCCAGAGAUACGACGUAGUUGACUGAAGUAGUGUAGAGUGUCGAUCUGGGAAGUAAGACAAAACUCACGAGUUGUUAUGAAGAAACGAAGAAACCUUGAGCGCGCGUGCGCGCACACACACACACACACACACAAGUUUAUUUGAAAAUGUCGAAGGUUUCGUCCCCCACCGACUGUUGGUCGUGACAUUAGUAAUAAUUUUAUGUGGGGUGCUUCGUACAGGAUCUACCAGAAUGUGAAAUUUGUUUCUCUUAUAAUUUUGCAAGCAGAAAUCAAAUUUUACAGUAAAAAAAAAUGUAUUUCUGCCUUACUUGAGUAAUCAUACGAAGAUACAAGGCCUGUUCUUUGUCGCUGCACUGCUACACUAGUGCAAUAAGUUAAAAUAAGACAAAUAUAUUUUUUCUCAUUCUAAGUUAUUGCAUCAGUACAGCAGCUACCAAGAAUAAACCUAUCCUUGAGCAGCAACAGUUGCUUGAUUUCUGGCACAUUCUUCCGGAAACGCUCCGUACAACUUUGUACAUAAUUUUGCUCCUCGCGUGCGCAUAAUGUUGCGAAACGUGUGAAAUUCCAUGAAACUAAAAUGCUGUAGACAAUGCGGAACGUACCGAGUGUGCUCAGAAUACUCGCACAAAUCUCACCAUAUGAUCAGUCUCCUUGGAAAAUUUUAUUUUUUAGCGUGAAUUGUAUAUUGUGUUAUAUUGAUAAUUUAAAUGUGUUCGGUUUAGACAUUAGCGUUUACUUUUUUGUUCAAAAACUUGAGGAAAACACGUUCUUGUCCUGCAAAGAAAAUAUCGGCGCUGUCUACACUAGAUAGAUCAAUUAGUACCGC